AUUUGUCGGCAUUAAUGCAUCUGACAUAAACUACUCAGCUGGUCGAUAUGACGCAUCAGUUAAACCCCCAUUCGAUAUAGGGUUUGAAGGUGUCGGUGAUGUGGUAGCGUUAGGACUCAGUGCUAGCGCUGAUUAUACAGUGGGUCAAGCUGUGGCCUACGUGAAAGCAGGUUCCUUUGCUGAAUACACGGUUGUGCCUGCCAAAGCAGCAGUUCCUCUACCCUCCGUGAAACCCGAGUUUCUUACUUUAAUGGUAAGUGGCGCUACCGCAUACAUCAGUUUGAAAGAGCUGGGAGAGCUGUCGGAAGGCAAGAAGGUUCUGGUGACAGCAGCGGCUGGAGGAACGGGCCAGUUCGCUGUGCAGCUUGCAAAGAAGGCAAAAUGCCAUGUAAUUGGAACCUGCUCCAGUGAUGAAAAGGGUGGUUUUCUGAAAUCCAUUGGCUGUGACCGUACGAUCAACUAUAAAACUGAAAAUGUUGAAUCUGUUCUUAGGAAGGACUACCCCGAAGGUGUGGAUGUAGUGUAUGAAUCUGUUGGGGGAAAGAUGUUUGACUUGGCUCUUAACUCCUUGGCUACCAAAGGGCGCCUGAUAGUUAUUGGGUUUAUUGCUGGCUACCAAAACCCUACUGGCCUCCAGCCCAUUAAAGCGGAGUUGCUGCCAGCAAAACUAUUGAAGAAGUCUGCCAGCAUCCGGGGUUUCUUCUUGAACCAUUACCUUUCCGAAUACAAAAUGGCUCUGAAGCACUUGCUCGAGAUGUAUGAAAGAGGAGACCUGGUUUGUGAGGUGGACUUUGGAGACGCGUCUCCGGAGGGCAAGUUCACUGGCUUGGAGUCUGUGUUCCGUGCUGUAGAUUACAUGUACAUGGGAAAAAACAUUGGAAAAAUUGUAGUUGAAUUACCUCACUCUGUCAACAGUAAGCUGUAAAAACAGAACAAUGACAUAAAUCAGAAGAGAGAAAAUGGGCACUUUAUGCCUCAGAAUUACUAGAAACAAUUUCUUUUUUUAAGCUUAGUAAUGGAUAUUAUAUUAAAAAACAGCAUUAAGGUGUUAAUAAAAAGUUUUGUGUUCUUUUUGCUUUUCUUAAAAGUGCUUAAAUCGGUGGCUGUAGCACGGACUUAAUGGGCCUGCGUUUGAUUCCGUCGCUUCGGCUAGCAUGAGACAAGAACAUUGUUCUUGACAGAGUAAGUCUUGAUGCAGAGGCAGAUGUAGUCUGUCAGACUGGUUUCAUAAUACUUUAUAUAUAGUUCAGCUCAGGAAAAAAAAAAAAAAUCUUACAGCAAUUUUGAUUCCCUGAUUUAAAAAUAAAAUUGUUAGAAGAAGACUAAGUGAAGAGUCGUAUCUCAUGGUUGCUCUAUUAAUCUCUUGAAGUUUCUGGAAAAAAUUAUGCUCUUCAUUUUUGUCACAAACACGAUAAUCAUAAUUCAGUUGCAUCAUGGAUCAUAGUAAUAUUCCUUGACUGGUUACACAGGGAACAUUUAUCCUCCGAUUCUGACAUGUCAGUAAUAUUAAGAAAAGCAACUUGACUUUUUUUUUUUAAUUAUGUCUUUUGUAACUAUAAACAACUGUGCAGUUUUCUUUUAAAUCUUUAACUACAAGUUGCAACAUAAUCUCAUUUUCUUGCCUUUUCAUUUGCUACUGUUACUGUUUACUGUCUGGUCUCCCCUUUACUAUUACAAGAUUAUUGGAGUGGAGUUUUGAGCCAUGAUCACGUGAGUUCAGGUCCUGUAUAUUUUGUGAAGUUUUAAUAAAGUUUAAAAAGCUA